ACGCACGCGCGUUGUCAAAAUCUAUAUUAAAAUGGAGGAAAAGAGUCAAGUGGUGGAACGGGAGGCUAAGAAAAAUGAAAUUCACGAAAAGGAUGGGAAAUCCAAACGACAUCGUAAGAAGAAAAACGAGAUGGCUCACUCCGCCAGUGAGAAUCACAACCACAAUGCUCAUAGAGAUGAGCACGAGAUGCAUAGCACAUGUAAUAUCUCUAUAAAAGAUAUACAAAUGGCCAUGGAGGUGUUCAACAUACAGCAGAAGCCUGCCAAGACUCAAGAGGAGGCUAUGCAAAAGCCUUAUCAGUUCUGGAGUACACAGCCAGUACCAAAAAUGGAUGAGAAGAUAGUAAAAAAUGAACCUAUCGAGCCUGAUAAGACGUCGAUCAGGGCAGAGCCUUAUUCGUUACCAGCGGACUUUCAGUGGGACACUUUAAAUCUCGAUGAUCCAUUAGUUUUAUCUGAAUUGUACACAUUACUGUCCGAGAAUUACGUGGAGGAUGACGACGCUAUGUUUAGAUUUGAUUACCCGCCAAGCUUUUUGAAGUGGGCAUUACAACCCCCGGGAUGGUGCAAGGAAUGGCACUGUGGGGUACGAGUUAUUAAAAGCGGGCGUCUAGUCGGUUUCAUUUCUGCUAUUCCAGCCACUCUGCGCGUCUAUAACCAUUCUCAAAGAAUGGUGGAAAUCAAUUUCUUGUGCGUGCACAAGAAGUUGAGGUCGAAAAGAGUGGCACCUGUAUUGAUACGCGAGAUAACUAGGAGAGUCAAUCUCCAGGGCAUAUUUCAAGCUGUGUACACCGCUGGUGUCGUACUGCCAAAACCGAUAGCUACCUGCAGGUAUUGGCAUCGUUCUCUUAAUCCAAAGAAGCUAAUCGAAGUGAAAUUCUCGCAUCUGUCUCGAAACAUGACCAUGCAGAGAACAUUGAAAUUGUAUAAACUGCCAGAGAAUACGAAGGUGCCUGGGUACAGGAAACUGGUCGAAGCUGACAUACCCCAGGCUCAUAAAAUAUUGACCGAUUAUUUGGAGAAAUUCGACUUGGCUCCGAUCUUCUCGGUCGAGGAGUUCCGCCAUUGGUUCCUCCCGCAGAACGGGAUUAUUAAUAGUUUUGUAGUCGAGAACGAUGGUGUGAUCACCGACAUGGUCAGCUACUACACGUUGCCGAGCUCUAUAAUGCAUCACCAGACACACAAAACGCUGAGAGCUGCGUACAGUUUUUACAACGUAUCCACUAAAACGCCUUGGCUCGAAUUAAUGACCGAUGCGUUGAUAUCAGCUCGUAACUUGGACUUCGAUGUGUUCAACGCGCUGGAUCUGAUGGACAACAAAGAGUUCCUGGUACCUUUGAAGUUCGGCAUCGGCGAUGGAAACCUGCAAUAUUACUUGUACAACUGGCGCUGUCCCAGCAUGACACCUGGGAAGAUCGGUUUGGUGCUCCAGUAGAAUUCUAGCUCAACGCGUCGUCCGUUGUCUAGGGAAAAUUUUUUCGCACGUGCAAGCUUAAAGAGAAAUAAAAAUAAACGGGUGAAAUGUGGGAACCAUUAUAUUUGUGAGAAUAAUAGGAAAUACGAGGGAUGCACCGGAAGGAGAGCAAACACGGACUUCGGCGCAUCGAUACGAUUGGAAGGAAUCGAUUUUUCCUUGAGUCCAAGUAGGCUGUUCCGUCUCCGCUGUUGAUCAUCUUCACGGUUCAAGGUUGUAAUCGAAAAUAUGUACACGCGUGUAUAUAUAUACAUAUACCGUGUCUGCGUGACUCAAGCAAUGUAGAUAAUUAUCGUACUGUUCCAUGUUAAUUUGCGGAUACAACGCGGGUGAGACUCCUCCCCCGCAGGUAUAAAUUCAGCAUUUUAAAAGAAAACGACUAUAUUCUUUGGACGCUGUUUGAUUCAACGCGGAACUUCCCUCGGCGUCUUUUUGUUAAUAUUAAUUAGAUCGCAGGAGUAUGAGGAGGCAAGAAUGGAAGGAGAGUUUAAAUAAAAUAAGAUCGAAACUAA